UUUUUUAAAUUACUUUUUUCCAAAAACUUAAAAUAAACCGAAAAAUAACACCUUAACAAUAUUAAGAGCUCCUACUCUUCACAUUCCCUCUGCUUUUUCAUCCAAAUUCAAGCCAGCAAUCCAGUUUCGCAUCAGCCUUUCAGCAGCCACAGUCACGCCGAUAUUUCUCCAGAAACUGCCUUUUCUAGUUGUUAUUAUUCUUGCAUAUUAUUUCAACAGUUUACUUUCAAAUAUACACGUCACAAACCCAUGGCUAAUAGAUUCAAUUGCAGACAAUUAACAGCUUAACAUAUUUUAGGGGGGAUAAAAACAAAGCUGCAUAAAAUGUGCUUUUGCUAAACAAAGAAGUCAUAGCAGGAAAAGCAGGGGUAUAUUCAAUAAUUAAUGGUCUGUUUUUAAAUAGUAUGGCUUCAAAUCAAAAUCAUUUUGAGUUAAUGAAGUACAGUGAGGGACCUCUGUCAGUCAGAGUACCAUGCUUGUUAGAGAGGGUCACGCCAUGGAGUGCCAGGCAGAGGUGACAUUUGAUAGGGAGGUUGAAGGUUGUCUUGCCCCAUAGCUAAACUGGAGGGAAAGGACAGGGAGGGGUUGGAGGGGUCUACCAGAGAUUGUAUUUCAACAGGACAGCAUUACCAAAAAAUUUCAAGACAGGCAGCAAAGGACAGGACAAGAUAGUGGAUGUUCCCUGAGCAAAAAAGUGGAAGCACAGGUUGUGCACAACCUGGUCAGAGAGUUAACCUGGACUGGCAGUGGACCUGUGUGUGAGUGUUCACUGAAGACAACAGCCAACAAACAGCCAAACAAGGACUUUGUGAAUAUGACAGACGAGAGCAAGAUGGACAACCUGCGGUCCCACAGGGGACGAACAAUGUGAUUUUUCAUCCGACAAAGUGUCUAUCAGCGGCUGUUUUAUAUUUAACACGAUUUUCAGACAGACACGAAGUUCUCAGGAGAGUGGUGUGCCGUGUUCCCUGGUCCGGGGUACUUAAAGGGAUGGACAGCAGUGACCCACAGGAUGACGAAAGAGGGGGCAGAAGGAAAGAGGGCGAUGGAGAGAAAGAUAAACAGCGAAAGGACCAGCUCAACAGUGAGGAAAAAGGAGAGAAGGAAAUCAAAGGAAAUGAGAAAGAGAAGAAGAAAGACAGCCGACCGUCUGGGUCUCUAUGGAGGAAUGGAUGGGCGCUGAGUGAAAGACUCGCCAUCAACGUCUCAGGGAUGCGUUAUGAAACUCAGCUUCGCACCUUAGCCCAGUUCCCUGACUCCUUGCUCGGUGACCCCCGACGGAGGUCACGGUACUUUGACCCCCUCCGAAAUGAGCUCUUCCUGGACCGCAAUCGGGCCUGCUUUGAUGCCAUUCUGUAUUUUUACCAGUCAGGCGGGAGGCUUCGAAGGCCAGCAAACAUACCCUUGGACAUCUUCAUGGAUGAGCUGAUGUUCUACGAGCUAGGAGAGGACAUUGUGAGCCGUUUCAAGGAGGACGAAGGUUUUCCAAAAGAGGAGGAGAGACCGCUGCCGGCCAAUGAAAUCCAGAAAAGACUGUGGAAGCUGUUUGAGCACCCUGAGUCCUCAUCGGGCGCACGUAUCAUAGCAAUCAUCAGUGUUAUGGUCAUUGUGGUGUCCAUCCUUAUCUUCUGCCUGGAGACACUGCCUGACUUCAGGAAUGAGAAAGAGUUGCGAGAGGAAUAUUUUUACAAGUACCACUCCCAGGCAAAGAAUGUAUCCGAGGGCAUGCCUCCCCCACAAAGUGUUUUUCACGACCCCUUCUUUUUGGUGGAGACCAUGUGUAUAUGCUGGUUCUCCUUCGAGCUCCUCAUGCGCUUCGCUUGUUGUCCCAGUAAGACGCAGUUCUUCAAGGAUGUCAUGAACAUCAUCGACUUCAGUGCCAUCCUGCCAUUUUUUGUCACUCUGGGAACAGAGCUGGCUAAGGACAAUGACGCCACUCCAGCAACAUCCUUGGCCAUCAUCAGAGUCAUCAGGUUAGUGAGAGUGUUCAGGAUCUUCAAGUUGUCUCGCCACUCUAAGGGCCUCCAGAUCCUUGGUCAGACACUGAAGGCCAGCAUGCGAGAGCUGGGCCUGCUGAUCUUCUUCCUCUUUAUUGGCGUCAUCCUCUUCUCCAGCGCCAUCUACUUUGCUGAGGCUGACCACACCAACACAGCCUUCAUCAGUAUACCACACGCCUUCUGGUGGGCAGUUGUCACCAUGACCACAGUGGGCUAUGGGGACAUGUACCCAGAAACAGUAUGGGGUAAGCUGGUGGGUUCAAUGUGUGCCAUUGCUGGCGUGCUUACCAUUUCACUGCCAGUGCCUGUCAUAGUAUCCAAUUUUAGCUACUUCUACCAUCGGGAGACUGAAUGUGUGGAUCAAACCGAUUACAGCCAUGUCCAGGCGUCACUGUGGGAGGAUGAGGAGCCAGAAGGAGAGGAAACAGAUGAAGGGGAUAGGAAUCCAGAUGGAGAUUAUUAUGCCAUUGAAGGCAUCUGUAACCCUUUGAAUGGGACUCUGCUGGGUGGGCUGUGUACAGCGCAGAGCACAGAGUUCAGAGUUGGAACUAUGUAUGUGAGGGAACCACUGGUCACUCAGGUUUAGUGAGGUUGAAAGUGUUUUGUGCAGUUGUCUGAGACUGUAGGAAGAGACUGGAAAGGAGAAAAAAAAGUGAAUAAAGAGGAGUUCAUAGAUCAGCACCACAGGUCCUGAGGAGAAAAAUGAGCAAAGAGAAAAUGACAAACAGAAACUGUCAAAUUGUGUAAAAUUAAAUUUUUAACACUAAUGCAACUUCUAAUAUCAUUGUAUUGCAAUUUCUUGAUCAUCUAUUUAUUGGUGCAGCAGCCCAAUAAAUCACACUGAAAAGUGACUUUUUAUUUAAUUUUAAAGACAAAACAGCAAGAAUAAGUUUUACAUUCUCAGGGUCAUAAUAUACAGUAAAUGUAUUAUGAGCUGUUUUAUUUAUUAAUGUUAUCAGUUUGUUUUUGAGAUGAAAGUUACUCUCUGAAUGCCUGUGCCUUGAAACUAUGAUGUCUUAGUACUGUCACUUUGUGCCUUAAUGUUUGAAAUGGAAGCAGAUCGAUUAUUGACAAUGUAGAUGUCAUGUGUCAUCAAAACUCAACCAAACACCAGAGGAGCUGUCCCUGCAGACACCCUGAGAUCUCUUGUAAACCAAACUCACGUUCUCAACAUUCUUCUGUAUGACAUGUACAAAGUUCACACUUGGGUAGUUUUGGCUUAUGUGACCUGAAGCGACUGACAUGACCUUUAUCGUGCUGUAAUACGACACUGUAGUAUUACCUCAUGACACAGUGUCACCUGCUGGAAGAGGAGAGGUUUUGCUGUGCUGGCAGAAGUUCUCUAUUUAUCUGGUAAAUUGUACACUCAGUGUUUUUAAUAAAGAUUAUAUUUUAUUAA